UCUCUAUCCCCUUUCACGUUGCUUACUUCCACACUGGCAGUCUGCUACAGUCUACAGAUCCUGCCUUCUCCACGCACCUGAUCUCUAUAGCACUAUCCCACCUCACCUGCGCCUUUGCUCCCGGUCGCAUUAAAACAAAUAGGAUUCUUUUUUCUCCAAUCGCUCGCUCUCUUUCUCUCUCGUCUCCCACCCUCUCUCUCUACUGAUGUCUGAAACCUGAUCAGUCAGAAAAGGAUUUUUCUCUCCUGAGCAUGCGAAGGUCUGCCAAAUCAUCCGCAAUUCAGCAUCAAAGCCCCGGCUAUCAGCAUGAACAGUGGAUACACGGGUUUCAGCAGCAGAAGUUUUCCUCUAACAGAAUAAAACGCAGGGGACUUCAGAUCCCAGCCACAGGGGAGAAUCAAUUUUAGGUCUCUUUUCUUGACUUGCUCUCAAUUCUAUUGGCUAACUCGUACCCAAACUCACCCAGACUCGCCCACGUUGCUGUAGAGGUCUUUCUCCUUCGUCCCCGUCACCUGGAGGCUGAGAUCCUGGGAAACAUCAUCAUUCAGUGCUGCCUAAAUAUAUUCAUAUUCACCAAUGAAAUUGUGCCUUGAUCCUUGAAUGGAGGAAUCGAAAGAAAGGACAGUAAAUUAUUCAUGAUUAUCUACGUAAUACAAAACAAUCAAAAGAAUGAUGCAAUUAUGGACUUCAAGUCAUACUUCAGCUGCUGUAAACUAAACUUGUAUUUACCGGGCCAAAUCACAAAGAAGUACAAUCUAGGGAGUUCCGCACGAAAGGUCUCCACAGAAUGGAGCAAGAAUGAACAGAGAGCGGCUGAAAGAAAAGCAUGAACUGGAGGUUUAUUGAGGUCAUCUACUUCCUGUUUAUAUGGGACCAUAUAACAGUACAGUGUUCCCGCCAGGACCCAUCCACUGCCGAGCACCAUGUCUCCAAGCAAUUUGAUUGGCUCAUUUCCGAUCGGGGGCCUUUCCACCACACUCGGGGUUAUUUAUCCUUUGUGGAAAGAUUUCGUCAAGGAUUUACGACCAGAUAUAAAAUUUACAGAGAGUUUGCCCGUUGGAAGGUGAGGAACACUGCCAUUGAAAAGAGGGAUUUACUCCGCAAUCCUGCCCCUUUAAUGCCAGAGUUCCAAAAGAGCAUCCGGCUGCUAGGAAGGAGACCCUCCACGCAGCAGUUCAUCGACACCAUCAUCAAGAAGUACGGGACCCAUAUACUGAUAUCUGCCACACUUGGAGGUGAGGAGGCGCUGACCAUGUAUAUGGACAAGAGCAAACUGGACAGAAAGAUGGUGAACGCAACGCAGAGCGUGGAGGCCCUUCACCAGCUGGCAUCAUCCUACUUCAUAGACCGAGACGGGACGAUGAGACGGCUACAUGAGAUUCAGAUUUCAUCCAACGCCAUCAAGGUAACAGAGACUCGGACAGGACCCCUGGGUUGCAGCAGCUAUGAUAACCUGGACUCGGUGAGUUCAGUGCUCCUGCAAAGCCCUGAGAGCAAGCUUCAUUUACAAGGUCUGCAAGUCAUUUUCCCUGAAUACCUCCAGGAAAAGUUUGUCCAGUCGGCACUCAGUUACAUCAUGUGCAAUGGAGAAGGGGAGUACCUGUGUCGAAACAGCCAGUGCAUCUGUCAGUGUGAUGAAGAGUUCCCACAAUGUAACUGCCCAGUCACUGACAUCCAAAUAAUGGAGAAUACACUGGCAGGCAUGACCGAGUCAUGCGCCACGGCCUACAAAGACUUUGAAAAUUCAGAUGAAUUUAAAUCCUUUCUCAAGAGGCUUCCUUCGACUCACUUCUUGCCCGUCAGCAGUGUUCACCAGCUCUGGGGGAAUGACUGGGAUCUGCAGGCCCGCUACAGACUCCUGCAAAGCUCCAUGGAGGCCCAUAAACUGAAAAUGCAACGCACAGCUCGGAAACUGUUUGGCCUUAGUAUCCGCUGCCAUCACAAUCCUAACCACCAGAUGCCUAGAGAAAGAUCUGUAAUGCAGUGGCUUAACCGGGUCCAGUCCUUUUUGUACUGCAAUGAAAAUGGGUUUUGGGGGACCUUCCUGGAAAGCCAGAGGACCUGCGUCUGCCACACAGGGGCCAACCUGUGCCAAAGACCCAUCCCCUGCAUCAUCGGAGGUAACAACAGUUGUGCCAUGUGCAGUCUGGCCAACAUCUCUCUGUGUGGCUCCUGCAACAAGGGCUUUAAGCUGUACCGCGGCCGCUGCGAGCCCCAGAAUGUGGACUCGGAGCGCAGCGAGCAGUUCAUCAGCUUCGAGACCGACUUGGAUUUCCAGGACCUUGAGCUCAAGUACCUCCUGCAGAAGAUGGACUCCCGUCUCUACGUCCACACCACCUUCAUCAGCAAUGAGAUCCGCCUGGACACCUUCUUCGAUCCCCGGUGGCGCAAGCGGAUGUCGCUCACCCUCAAAAGCAACAAGAACCGGAUGGACUACCUCCACAUGGUCAUCGGGCUCUCCAUGAAGAUCUGCCAGAUGAGGAACAGCAGCAUCGAGCCCAUGUUUUUUGUUUACAUUAACCCUUUCAGCGGCAGCCACUCGGAAGGAUGGAACAUGCCCUUCGGGGAGCACGGUUACCCCCGUUGGGAGAGGGUCAGGCUCCAGAACACACAGUGCUACAACUGGACACUCUUGCUGGGGAACAGGUGGAAGACCUUUUUCGAGACUGUGCACAUUUACUUGCGGAGUCGGGCCAAGCUGCCCACGACGUUACGCAAUGAAACCGCUCAAGGGCCCGUGGAUCUCUCGGACCCAGCCAAGCGGCAGAUCUACAUCAAGAUCUCAGACGUGCAGGUGUAUGGGUACAGCUUGCGUUUCAAUGCAGACCUGUUGCGGAGUGCUGUGCAGCAGGUCAACCAGUCCUACACUCAGGGGACGCAGUUCUACUCCUCCUCCUCCGUGAUGUUGCUCUUGCUGGACAUCAGGGACAGAAUUAAUCGGCUCGCCCCUCCAGAGGCUCCCGGGAAACCCCAGCUGGACCUCUUUUCCUGUAUGCUGAAGCACCGUCUGAAACUCAAUAACAGCGAGGUCAUUCGGGUCAACCAUGCGCUGGAUAUGUACAACACAGAGAUCUUAAAACAAUCAGACCACCUGACUGCCAAACUGUGUUGAACUGUUUCUUUUGUCUUUUUUCUUUAGCUUUUUUGAUGUAAAAUUAGAAUUUGUAAAUGUAAUUAUAAGAUAAAAAGAGAAAUCUCCACCAUUUAACUAGAAAUGGAACCCAUUUAACAGACUACCAUAUUUGUCUGAGCAUGUUUGUUGUUUCCUUUAACAGACAAAAAGAAAAGAAAAACGAUGGUUAUCAUGAGGCCUUGAAUUUAUUCAGAAAAAAACUGAACAAGCUCUCAAAUACUGCCAUUCUUAAAUCGGUUCAAACUUUUUAAAUCUUAUUAAUUAAUAAAAUCAUUGACAGAUGAGAGCAAUCAAAAUGAUUUAUCUCUUUAUUUUAGCAACACAUUUUGUGAAAUAACAAAAGGUAAUGUUUAAUAUGAACUAAUUAAAUGAUUACAAAAGAAAAAAAUGUUGCUGCUUAGAUGUCAACAUUAUUUUAUCUACAUGUACGUUAGUAUGAGCAGAAAACCAUAGCACACUCUUAAAGGGAUACUGCUUUUUGUUACAUCUUAAAUACAGUACAAACCUGCACUUUUCUUUUUCUGUUUAAAGAGAAGUUUGAAUACUAUAAUACAAUGUUGUCCUUUUAAUAAAGAGUCAGGAUGA